UUCAGUUUCAUUCCGGCACUUCGUACCGUAGUAUCAACUUGUCGAAUGUCUCAAUGUCUUCAGUCUGUCAUUAAACUCACUAAGACUGAUAUUAUCUAGUGGUCACUUAGUUUACUAAAACAUUUUACCGGCAUUAAUUAUUACUCUAAAAAACAUUUUUUUUAUUUUUUUUAUUUUUUACACCAACUGUUGAUUAUUUAAAUUAAUUAUUAUAGAAAGUGUAUUUGAACUAUUGAAUUUUGUCUAAACCUGUUGAUAUUGUGCAGCUUCAUAGAGAAAGGCAAGACAUUAUUCUUGCCAGUAAUUAGUAACAAAUUUAAAAAAAAAACUAGCAAACGGAUAUUACGCAAUGGGUUACGGUACGGAGAUGGAUGGCUGCGGCCGUUUUAUGAAGUACUCUUUAUUUAUUGCCAAUUUAAUCAUAUUUAUUGGAGGAUGCACCGUUGUUGGAAUAGUAAUUUGGGCAUUUGUCGACAAAGUACCAUAUCUAAGUGCUCUCGUUGGUAAUGAUUUGUUAGCCGGAGUUGUCUACGUCCUUCUUGCUGGUGGAAUAUUAAUAAUUUUGUCGUCGUUCUUCGGGUGUGUUGGAGCCGCUCGUGAAGUAAAAUGCAUGCUUCUUACAUAUUUCAUAAUAGUAUUUCUGUUGUUUGUAAUAAUGUUGAUUGGAGGAGUCCUAGGAUACGUAUUCCGUAGCAAAGUUAUUGGUACAAUUGAACAGGAAAUGAGAAAUACAAUGCGUCUUUAUGACAAACAUGAUAUCCAUGAUGCUUGGGAUACAACUCAAAGAACAUUUCAUUGCUGUGGUGUUACUAACUAUCGUGAUUGGAAUACAUUUUAUCAACGUAUCCCGACUUCAUGUUGCAAAGAAAUUGAACCUGGCAAGUAUUUCAACUGCAAUUAUUCGACAGACUCUAUAAAUCCAUCAAACACCUACCAAGACGGAUGUUUAGAUAAAACGAGAAUGUAUAUACAAAAGCAUGCUUCAGUUAUGGGUGCUGCUGGAAUAACGAUCGCUGUUUUAAUGUUCUUUGGAAUGAUAUUCUCAUGUGCAUUAUUCAGGAUGAUAGGAUAAAAUUUUUAUAAUCUUCAAUAUUAUUAAGCCAUUAAUAAUUUAUGUAAGAAUAAAUUAUUUAAAUAUCAGGACCACUUUACAAAUUCAUUAUUCAAAAAUAUUUAUUCAUAAGUGAUUUUUAUUCUAAAUAACUAUCAUAAUAUAUUUCAUUAAUCAAUUG